UCCCCCAAUUGAAACCCCCUCCAACGCUGCCAGCGUGUCAAGAUGCUGUCAUGUUCGCUAUUAUCGGAGAUGCAUGGAUUGGGGUGACGGACACCGAGGAGGUCAAGGCUAUCACCGUCCGCAUCACGGCUGACUGGACGAGUCACCUUCGGAAGGCGACCCCGGGAAGUGGCGGCUAUGGGCACGAGGCGAUGUGAUGGAGCCGGAACUUGGUCGGCGUUCGUUGGUUCGAAUUACCGUGUACGAGCAGAAGCAGAAGGUCGACCCACGGGCCGUUUUCUAUGCGCCAACGGCUGUUGGAAGUGAAGACUGGUAUAUUGCGCGUCAGGACGACUGGCUGACUCUGCACAUUGAUACUUAAUAUGUUGGAAGAGGUGCG